AUGUAUGAAUUUGAGGUAUAUACAAUUGAGGUGUAUGAUAAUAGUUAUUCAUCAAUGAGAUUUAUUGACCAUUUGAUGAAUAGGAAACCAAAUGAAGUUCAAUUCAAUUAUUUAAUUAAUAAUAAUUAUUUUACAAUGUUUUUAGAUGAUCAUGGUCAUCAACAAGAAUCAGUAUAUAAAUUAUUUAAUGAAACAUCCCAUAAAGUAGAUGAAACUAUGCUACCAAUUUCAGUAGUUACUGUAUGUGCAACCUUUUAUGAUGAGAUUGAAAAGAAUUUGAAUAUUUACAUACCAUCAGUUACAUAUUUUCGUGAUGGUGGGAAAUAUAAAUCCGAAUAUAAAGAAUUAAUGAAAAUCAAUGGAAAUCAUGGUAAUCCAAUGUAUGAAUGGAUAAGACGAAAAAUUGGUUCACCAAUAAAAUUAUUAAGAAGUAUUAAUGAAACUAAUGAAUUUAUUAUGACCAAUAAUUUAGUUGUUAUCAUAUUUAUGAAAGAUUUGGAUGAAAAAAUAAUGAAGAAUAUUAGCACAGUUGCUGAACAAGCUGAUCAUAUAUUAUACGGCUUAGUUUAUAAUGAAACAGUUUUCGAUCAUUUCAACAUAACAAACCAACGUUUAUUGUUAAUUAGAAAAGAGUCUGAAGAUACUGAGCCGAAUUUAUGGGCAAUAAUUUCAACUAUAUUAUCAUUAAGACAUUCUGAUGCAUUUAAUACUCCACCAUUUCGUUUAAUUUAUUCAGAUGAUUGGAAUAUUGAAUCAUUAGGUUCUUAUUUAUUUAUUGAAUCUUUACCAAUUGUUAAUGAAUUCCAAUUUGGUGAAUUAACUUACUUUGAUAGUGCUACAAUCAAAUAUGAUACAUAUUUAUUUCUGAUACAAUCUGAUUUUGAAUUUUCAUUAGCAUUAGAUAAUUAUCGAAAUGCUUGUAAACUAUUUAGAAAAGAGAUACGUUGCUACUUUGUUGAUACAGCAAAUGAAAUUAACUUGAAAUUUAGUCAGCAACACGGUGUUCAUGUUGGUUAUGGUUAUCCACGAUUUCAAUUAGUGGCUACUUCCAAAAAGAGGUCACGAAUUCGUUAUCGUCUGAAAGGACCUAAAUUUGAAUUUGGACGGAAAGGAUUUAAUAAUCGUGAUCUGUUGAAUAUGAUCGAAUCGCAAGAAAUUAUCAAUUUUUUUGACCAACUCCUACAGCGUAAAUUAUCACCUUACUAUAUAAGUGAAAUUGUGCCGGAGUAUGAUGAAAAUGUCAGUGAUGAUUAUGAAAAUAUGGGACAUAUUCCCUUGUCCAGUAUGAUUAAAACACCACCGAUGAAAUUAAAAUUUAUACAUAAAGUUGUUGGGGCAACAUUCAAAACAUUAGUAAAGAAUCCUGAAUGGACAUCUGUUGUUUAUUUUACAGCCAAAUGGUGCAUGGGAUGUAAUCGAACAAUUCAUGAAGAAUUUACAAAAUUAUCACAGUAUUAUCAAGAACUUCAUCGAACCGAUUUAUUGUUUGGUUAUUCAUAUUAUGAUUUAAAUGAUUAUGAAGAAUUAACAGCUACUAAAAUGCCUCGAAUUAAAAUAUUUCCUAAACAAUCAAAUGAACAAAUCGAUUAUGAAGGUAAAGAACACUUUGAUAAUAUAAAAGAAUUCAUUGAAACUGUUGAGCGUACAGUCAAAUAG